CUCUUCUCCUACGGAUUUCUCUAUCUUCACUUCUUGCUGCCUCUGCCAACCCCUCGGAGGUCGGCAGGUGGUUCUCACCAUGCGGCAUCAAUUCAACUGGGUCAAUGGAGCCUACCAAUUGGCUUCUCGAGAUGUGAUCCAGGUCAUCAACCCCGCGACCGAGUCCCCAAUCGCAACAAUAGACUCCACGCCCCAGGAAACAGUCAAUGCCAUCGUAGUUUCAUCCCUGCAGAACUUCUCAAGCGGUGUCUGGAGCCAGGCCGAUGCGUCAACCCGGUUCACAGUCUUAUCGAAGGCCGCAAACCUGCUCCGAGCUCGUCUGCACGAGUUCAUCAAUCUCGAGACGCGGCAGACGGGUCGACCUAUCCGGGAAAUGAAAGCACAACUUUUUCGUAUCCCUGAAUGGCUUGAAUACUUUGCUUCGCUAGCCCGUACGCAUGAAGGCUGUGUGACGCCCUUUAAAGGACCAGUCGUCAACACACUCACACGCUUACCACUUGGCGUUGUUGUACAGAUCACCCCUUGGAACCACCCACUCCUGAUAGCAACUAAGAAGAUUGCUGCAGCACUGGCUGCUGGGAAUUCUGUCAUUGUCAAGCCAUCCGAGAGUGCACCACUUUCUGUGCUGGAGAUGGGAAAGCUUUUCCAAGAAGCGGGCUUGCCUGAUGGAACAUUACAGAUUGUGUCAGGAUAUGGGAGAGAGACUGGCAAAUUUCUCUGCGAGUCGCCGCUGAUUUCGAAGAUUGAUUUGACGGGUGGUUUGGCCACCUAUGAGGCAAUCGCGCCCACGGCGAGCAAGAACCUGAUCCCGAUCACAGCUGAAUUGGGUGGCAAAGCACCAGUGUGCUUCUUUCCCAGCAUGCCAAUUGAGAAGGGAGUGAAGGCUGCUUUAUUUGCGAGCUUCAUUGCAAGUGGGCAGACUUGUGUGACAGGUAGUCGAUUAUUGAUACACUCGGAGAUCUAUAACGAAUUCGUUGAACAAUUGGUACGGAGGACGAUGAGUUUGAGACUCGGUGAUCCGACUGAUGACCGGACGCAAAUUGGAGCUGUGAUCUCACGAGCGAGUGUAGAGAGAUGCACUGCGUUUGUUUCUCAUGCUAUGGUAGAGGGAGGAAAGGUUCUUUGUGGCGGGAAGCCCACAGAUGUGGAUGGAAAAGGCUUCUUCUUCGAGCCUACUCUUAUCGAAACGAAACCCGACAGUAAUCUGGCAUCCAAUGAGGUCUUCGGUCCUGUCAUCGCACUCAUCAGAUGCGAGUCAGAGGAAGAGAUUAUCAGAGUAGCAAAUGCUACAUCCUUUGCGUUAGGGGCGUCUGUUUGGAGCAACGACUUCAAUCAAGCGCAUCGUGUUGCAGAGAAAAUCAAUGCGGGGAUAGUUUGGAUCAACGGGCAUCACUUGAAUGAUCCUUCAUCGCCUUGGGGUGGGUUCAAGGAGAGCGGGUUGGGCAAGGAGAAUGGCAUCGAAGCGUAUGAGAGCUACACGAAGUUGAAGAGUACGAUCAUCAAUUAUGGGCAAGAGCCAACUUGGUUUGAUGAUGAAGUUGAGAACGCGAGGUAUGGGUAGUGGGCAACCUCCGACGCCUGGAAUCGUGGGAAGAGAGGAGUUAGCGUAUGCCUGGUUGGUCUUGUCGAAUAUCAUAUCAGACGUCUUCGCCUGAUGUUCACUGCAUCUGCAAGAGCGAGAGAGUCUCCAAGCGUCGCAAGGUGAUUCGAAUUCCUGUGACCGUUGGGCGUUUAGCGAUGAUUGUGUCGUUGGUCCCCAGUACAGAUACGCUGGCGAUCUACCCUCAGAUAUGAUCGUGACCGGGGUUCUCCCAAGUCGCCAAGAAUCGAGUCUUCCUCGAAAAGUCAUGGUAGGGUUGCUUUCGAAUCCUCCUACGUUCCUGAAUUCAGGGUCCUUUGACUUCAACCCAUUGGUAUAUUUCCGUGUUAGUUCAAAAUGUGUUGGAAGAAGAAUUUUACAGAUGAAUGAAGUGAGAGCUGAG